CCGGGCAGUUGGCCAGCUUUUGCCAGGUAGAUUUGUGCUUUCCCGUAUUCAUCCUUCACUCGGGUUGAACACACCGGUCCUGUGGGACGACGAGUCGUGCCAUGGGACCUGGUGCUGCGGGGCUGUUGCUUUGGUCCCUGCUAACCUCUGGACUUUCACAAAGCUGCGAUGAAUCUCCAGAGGUGGGCUUACUACAGCAAAGUCGAGGGUUGUCGCCUUUGGACUUGGCACGUGCGAAGAAGGUGGUGCCCGGACCGAAGUUCCUGGCGGCCCAUACAGGAGAAUCGAAUGAGCUCCUGAACAAGCACUUGUUGCGCAUCAGCUACGGAAAGGCCAAACCCUGUGAGGAAUUCUCCGAUGCUGAGCUGGAUAAUGUACUGAAAAUCAUUUCCGAGAAGGCGCACGAGGUGUUACAGCGGAUGCACGAACAGAAUCAGCACCCCACGCGUGGUGCCGAUUGGCAAGAUCCACGGGGGGACUUGAAAGGAGGAGCAUUCCUUCAUCCGGACGCGAAGUCCAAGGGUGUUCCUGCCAAUCUUUUGGCGAUAGCACAGUCGGAGAAGAAGUGCUAUGACGCGGCCAUGGCCUUCAGGAACAGCGUGAGCGAUCACGACAAGAAGGAGAUCGUGGCACGUCACAAGAUUCCUUUGCUACCCACCCGGUCAGCCCAGAAGACCAACUCCUUAUUGCAGGAAAAGGCUGAUCCUUGGUUUCCAAAUCUUUGAAGGUAACAUCUACAGGACAUGCGGUGGAAACCCUGUUUUGGUUGUAGAAUCACUGUAGAUGGUUCCUUCAAAUCCGCAUGGGUCGUGUUGUGGGGUUAGACCGAUCGGACUGGGUCAGGACGAGUCGGUUGUGGCGGCGGCCGAACUGUUUUGGGGGGAUUGCUUCGGAUGGACAUGUUCGUUUCGGGGAAAAGACAUGUUGGUGCAACUUGGGGGUUGUGUUGGUUGUUUUGACGAUGUAUAUAUUGUUGUUCUAGUUUGGCUGAUUGGCGUGAACGUUCCUUUCUUUUCAACAUUGAUUGCAGGGUCAACUGGAGUGUCACCCUAAGGCCCUAGGUAUUCUGUACUCCUCAAGGAUGGCUGAGGAACUCAUGCUGCGAGUCACUCGGCACUUGGAACCCCUCGGAACCUCCCGCAGCGCCGCACCAGGUGAAUCGCAACACGAUUCACGGUGCAAGAGUCCGACCCAGCCAAUCGGAUCACCGAUGAACCCCCUUUGUGGCCAUUGGGUUUUCCCCAUGUUUGGCCCACUCCGAACUGGAGAUCGGAUGGAGACACACCCGCGGCCCCGUCGGUCGUUCAAACUCCGGAGCCCGACCAAGGCACCUGGAGUCUGCGCACGACCUCCAAAACCUAACGGUCUCCGGCCAUGGUUGAACCGUUCGGUCUCCUGGCGCAUGGCCAUGUCCCACAGCCAUGCUCCGUUUUCGUAUCCACUGGAGAUCGGAUGGAGAUCCCUGUCCUCAGGAACUGACUGGAACGGACCAAGCUGGAGCGAAGAUCUUUGCCACCAGUUGCGAGGAGUGCCACAGUGGUGGAGUGGAAGCCUUGCAAACCUUCGAGGAGAACGUCGAUCUCAUUGUGCACGGCAAAGGGUCCAUGCCGGGUUUCGAGAAGACCCUCACGAAGGACGAAGUGGCCGAGGUGGCCCACUACGUGGUAGAGCAAAGUGAAGCAGGGUGGUGAUCAGAAUGGCUCUCAGAAUGGCUCUCAGAAUGGCUCUGACAUGUUUCCUUCAAUGUGUUUCAUGGAGUUACAUAGCUGUAUCUUUUUCACUACGCUGACCCCCCGCGUCUAAGACGUCCGGUCUUUUGCAGGACUCGAAAGACAAAUUUGCACCGACAUGUGUA